CAGCUCGCCGCCGCGCUGUGGAAAGCGCCGCCGCGGCUCCGCGGGGUUGAGAGCGGCGGCCGCCGGACGGGCCGGCUCGGCGGGAGGAUGUCACUGCUGCGCAGGGCGCUGCGGGUCUCCAAUCGCUCCAUGCUCGCCUUCAUCUUCUUCUUCUCCUUCUCCUCGUCCUGCCUCUACUUCAUCUAUGUGGCCCCCGGGAUCGCAAACACAUAUCUCUUUAUGGUGCAAGCUCGUGGUAUAAUGUUGAGAGAAAAUGUAAAAACAAUAGGACACAUGAUCAGAUUGUACACUAACAAAAAUACUACAUUGAAUGGCACAGAUUAUCCUGAAGGAAACAAUUCUAGUGACUAUCUUGCUCAAACCACAAUGUAUCUUCCAGAAAACUUCACUUAUUCUCCUUACCAGGCUUGUCCAGAAAAGCUGCCUUACAUGAGAGGCCUUAUCAAUGUGAAUAUGAGUGAAAUUAGUUUUGAUGAAAUCCAUGAAGUGUUUUCAAAAGAUUUAGACAUUAAACCAGGAGGACGCUGGAAACCAAAAGACUGUAAGCCACGAUGGAAGGUGGCUAUCCUCAUUCCUUUUCGGAAUCGCCAUGAGCAUCUUCCAAUUUUUUUCCGACACCUGAUACCGAUGUUGCAGAAGCAGCGUCUAGAAUUUGCCUUCUAUGUUGUUGAACAGACAGGUACGCAACCUUUUAAUCGUGCAAUGCUCUUUAAUGUUGGCUUCAAAGAGGCUAUGAAGGAUGAUUUUUGGGACUGCAUAAUAUUUCAUGAUGUGGAUCAUUUGCCUGAAAAUGACCGAAAUUAUUAUGGAUGUGGAGAAAUGCCACGUCAUUUUGCUGCAAAGCUGGACAAAUACAUGUAUAUUCUUCCUUACAAUGAGUUCUUUGGCGGUGUAAGUGGACUGACAGUAGAACAAUUCAAAAAGAUCAAUGGGUUUCCAAAUGCCUUUUGGGGAUGGGGUGGAGAAGAUGAUGACCUUUGGAACAGAGUUCGCUACGCUGGAUACAAUGUAACAAGACCAGAGGGAGAUUUAGGGAAGUACAAAUCCAUUCCUCACCAUCAUAGAGGUGAAGUCCAAUUUUUAGGACGAUACAAACUUCUGAGGUAUUCCAGAGAACGUCAGUACCUUGAUGGGUUGAACAAUUUAAUAUAUACUCCUAAAAUACUUGUCAGUAGGUUAUAUAAAAAUAUAACUGUAAAUCUCAUACCAGAACUUGCUCCUGUUAGAGACUAUUGAUGGAAAUGCAUUGACAAGCUACACUACUGGAGUAAACAUUAAUACUAGAAGCUACUAAGACACUACAGACACUAUGAAAAAGAAAUAAAAAUCAACAAACAGCAGCUUAGAAUUAAGGAUUUUUAACCAUUUGAUGAUGCAUAUUUGGGAUGAGAAGUAAAAUGAUUGUAUAUACCAUGCAUUUUCUUCUGAAAGAAAAGCCAGCAGCUACCAUUCAGAUGUUUACAGCAUGAAACUACUGUUCAAGCCUUCGUUCUCCAUGUUCUCUAUCUUAACCACUCAAUUAUCAGAAACAGACCUAUAGCUUGACUGGAAGCUGGGAGAGAGACCUCUUCUUCCAGGAAUUUUUUAUACUGCUCCCUCUGUUCUUCCCCUCCGUGUAUUUAAAUUAAUGCUUUU